CAAAAUAAUGUAUUUUACAAACCAUCACAAGAAGAAAUUCUUGCAACAAGAACUGGUGUUAUUCCAGCAAAUACUAGAAAAGCCACCGAUAAUUUAUAUCUUCUUAAUCACCCUAAUGGAAAUCAUCAAUUUAUAUUAUCAAAUAAAAAAGAAUUUAGAUUAUUAUGGUCUAUACUAAACGGCAAGUUAAAACAAUUAAAAAAAUAUGGAACUAUUGUAAAGCACCAUAACAAUUUAACAGAUGAAGAAAUACAACAAAUAUUUCAACAUAAUUCCGUUUCUAUCAACGAUCCUCAAGAUUUACAAUAUCGUAUUUUUAUAUGGUGUUGUUUACUGUUUCAACCCAGAGGGGGAGAACAUUAUUCAAUCAAAAUAUCUCAGUUUGUUUUUAUGUCAGAUGGUUUAAUAAUUCCUAUACCACCUGAUUCUGCAGAUUUUCAAGGACCAAUUCAUGAUUUUAAGCUUUAUAUUUCAAAACAUCCUAAUGAUUGUCAAUGUCCUUAUUUACAUCUUCGAAUUAACAAUAAAUUUGCAUAUGAUCCAGAAGAAUCUUGGUAUUGUGAUAAAAGACUUGGUGAAAAAUUAUAUCAAACGUUUAUGAAAAACAUCUGCAAUAUUGUUGGAGUUUCAAUGGUAACGACAAUGGCAAUUACAGGCCAUAAAAGUGAAUCCUCUUAUCAAGUUUAUACAAGGCCUUCCGAAAAAGACAAAGAAGAUGCAUUAUCAAGCUUGAUUAAUAAUAUUGAGCUACCUUUGAAGCAAAAUAAU